CGCGUUUUAUAUAAACUGGCCUUUUCACGUGUGCUUCCUGUUUACUACUACCAUAGUUAGGAGACAAAAGGUGGCGGGAAACUUGUUAGAAAUAAAGAAGGAAAAUGAUGAAUGGAUCAGGAGAUAGUUAUUACCUUCAGAAGGACAUCAAAGAAGAUGAUCCAGAAAUAACUGCAAUUAUUAGAAAUGAAAAAAAUAGGCAAAUGAAAGGCCUAGAACUGAUCGCAUCAGAAAAUUUCACUAGCAAGGCAGUAAUACAAGCACUGGGUUCCUGUUUGACUAAUAAAUAUUCAGAGGGGCAACCUGGUCAAAGAUACUAUGGUGGAAAUGAAUUUAUUGAUGAUAUGGAAAGACUAUGCCAGAAGAGAGCCUUAGAAGCUUAUAAGCUUGAUCCUGCCAAGUGGGGAGUAAAUGUUCAACCAUUGUCUGGAAGUCCAGCAAACUUUGCAGUAUAUACAGCACUAGUAGGACCACAUGGUAGAAUUAUGGGUCUUGAUUUACCAGAUGGAGGACAUUUAAGUCAUGGUUUUAUGACACCAACUAAGAAGAUCUCUGCAACAUCAGUGUACUUUGAAUCAAUGCCAUAUAAAGUAAAUCCAGAAACAGGGCUAAUUGAUUAUGAAGAACUUCACAGAAAUGCAAAACUGUUUCUACCAAAAAUGAUCGUAGCAGGUAUUAGUUGUUAUUCCAGAAAUCUUGAUUAUGCCAGGUUCAGAAAAGUUGCUGAUGAGAAUGGUGCUUAUGUGUUGGCAGACAUGGCUCAUGUUAGUGGAUUGGUAGCAGCAGGAUUAGUAGCGAACCCAUUUGAACAUUGUGACGUUGUAACUACAACAACCCAUAAAUCACUCAGAGGACCCAGAUCAGGAAUGAUCUUCUACAGAAAAGGUGUACGAAAAGUAACCAAAGAUGGUAAAGAAGAAAUGUAUGAUUUAGAGAAAAAGAUAAAUGAAGCUGUUUUUCCAGGCUUACAAGGUGGACCACAUAAUCAUCAAAUUGCAGCUGUUGCAGUAGCCUUGAACCAGGCAUGCAGACCAGAAUUCAAAGUUUAUCAGGAACAAGUAAUAGCUAAUGCCCGUGUAAUGAGUAAAGUAUUACAAGCAAAGGGAUAUAAAGUGGUUACAGGUGGUACUGACAAUCAUUUAAUCUUAGUUGACUUGAGACCAAAUGGAAUAGAUGGUGCUCGGGCUGAGAAAGUUCUGGAAGAUGUUAGUAUAGCUCUAAACAAAAACACCUGUCCAGGUGACAAGAGUGCACUUAAACCAAGUGGUCUCAGAAUAGGAUCUCCUGCUCUUACAUCCAGAAACAUGAAGGAAAAAGAUUUUGAACAAGUAUCAGAAUUUAUACAUCAAGGGUUAGUGAUAACAAAAGAAGCUAUGGAAGGUUGUGGACCAUUGUUGAAAGAUUUUAAGGCUAAGAUACAAACAGACGAAAAGAUUAAACAGAAAAUUUCAUCACUGAAGGCAGAUGUUGAGAAGUUUGCUAUACAGUUUCCAAUGCCAGGACUUGAUGAUUGGUGAAGGAUUUAUUUUAAUGAUAAGAGGGUGAUAGUUGUAACUGGCGUAUUGUAGUAUCUGCUAUGUUUUAAUGGUAUAAUUUGUGGGUUAAUAAAUACAUAAUAUAAAUAUUAAUUUAAGAAUGAUGUUGGGAGUAAAAAUGACAUGGUGAACUAAUUUGAAUAUUUGAAAGUUAUCAUUGAUGUUAACAAUUGUAUUUCGUAAAUUUUACUGGACUUGACACUUGUACUGUAUAAACAAUGUAUGCAGAGAAUGAUUUAGAAUUUAUUAGUGUGUAAAGAACAACACAUAUUCUUGAUGUAACUAGAAAGAACUUAGACAUGACUAAUUGUAAUAUUGAAAUAUUUUCACUGGUUAUUGUUAAUGAAUUCUUUUCUGAGUUAACCUGUUAUAUUAGACAAGGAAAAGUUGUUCUGGUUGUUGAUUUUUAUAGGUUCUAUGUGUGUUCCCAGGGUACAAUAUUUAAAUAUACACAGCUACUAGUUGUAUUUGUUUUGUUUGUUUGUUUAAUUGAUGGAGUUUAGCACCACUUUAUUUGCAGCUGUAAACUUCCAUGUUAUACAUUUUUGUUUGGAGGAAGUAAGUUUGUCAGUAUAAUACCACACACCCUUUAGACCAUAAAUGAUGAUCUCUUAUCAAUAAAACUAAAAGGUACCAUGCCAAUUUUGUGCAUAACCAGAGCUAGGCCCUUAUUAUGUAUGAAACCAUGCGUUUUUUAUGCCCCACCUACGAUAGUAGAGGGGCAUUAUGUUUUUCAGUCUGUGCGUCCGUUCGUCUGUCUGUCCCGCUUCAGGUUAAAGUUUUUGGUCAAGGUAGUUUUUGAUGAAGUUGAAGUCCAAUCAACUUGAAGCUUAGUACACAUGUUCCCUAUGAUAUGAUCUUUCUAAUUUUAAUGCCAAAUUAGAGUUGACUCCAAUUUCACGAUCCAUUGAACAUAGAAAAUGAUAGUGCGAGUGGGGCAUCCGUGUACUAUGGACACUUUCUUGUUUAUGUUUAAUUUAUGUUGGUGUUUUAUUUUUACAUGGUGAAAAGACUAUGAGAUUAUUGAUACGUUAUUGUUGUGUUUUUGUUUGACAAAAACUUGUGAGGAUGUGCUCCUCAGUUAUUUAGAAUAUGGGACCAAAUGACCAUUAGUUAUCUGAAAAUACUAUGUCCAUAGAAUAUUCAAUAAGAAAUAGCUAAAAUGGUCAUUUUAAGAUUUUGAAUAAUAGGACAUUUGACCAGUAACCAAAAAAUUGCUAGGAUGGUUCCUAUACACUUUAUAUGUCUUAUUGGUAGAUUUGGGCCAGUUUUAUAUUCCCUAGAUGAUCCAUGACCCUUUUUUUUCUAUGUUGAAGUACCCAUAAAUGCUUAUGCAAAGUGAUUAUUUUUUUUUUUACUUCAAAUAAAAUAUAAAUUAUCAAUGUGUUGUUGAUGAUGUGUUUCCCAGUUGGGUUACAUUUGUUAGUUUUCUGUUAUGUUCUUACUGUUCAUAAUCAUGUUUAUUCUAUUAUUAAUGGAGUCUUAUAAAAACCACGUCUAGAACACAAACUGAGUACAUUUUUUUAGUAUUAGACAGAACAUUCCUAAACUUAAGUAUGAAUGUUAGGUUAUUGACAUCAACCCUGACACCACUAUUCAACCAAAAAAAAUAGUAUUUUGAUUUAUUAAGGUAAAGAAAAAGUUUCAGAUACUUGGAACAGCCCUGUAAUUGUUGACAUUUUAUAGAUAAGUUACAAAAGUUACAAAUCUGUAUUAGUUUGUGACAAGUAAAAGAAAAAAUAUUUGGAACUAUUAAUUAUAUUUAUAGAAUAACUAAUCGAAGAAUUCAAAUAGAGAAAAAUAUUCAACGAGUGACCGAACAACACAUUAAUUCACGAAUGCGCGUAGCGCAUGAGUUAAUUAUCAGUGUUGUUCGGUCACGAGUUGAAUAUUUUUCGAUAUUUGAAUUCUUUGAUUAGUUAUUCUUUUUAUUACAUUGGCAAAUGGCUUCUUUUAAUGAAAUUAAUGUAGAAAAUGUAAGGAACUAUAUCUUUUUUCUACGCAUUCACAAUUUGUUUUGAUCCGACGUUAUCGACGUCUUGACAACGCCUAUUGUUGUAUGACGUCAGAGAGUGAAAUAACCACGUUUAUUUCACAUGUGAAAUUAUCGGUUUUUAUUUGACUGGGAAAUCAAUGUAAUUCAAUGCUACCAAUGUAAUAAUUGAUUAUAAUUUGGAAAUAGAUAUACACUGUAUUACAUCAUAUCUAAUUUUAGAGAACUAUUAAUCAUAUCUAAUGUUAAAGUGUUUUCCACACUUUUUUUCAUCAUGCUUGAAGAUAUUGAUUGAUAAUUGGUAUAUAGUUUUAUCAUGACAAGUUAUACAGAUCAAGUUCGAAAUUUUGUUUCAGUCUGAUAAUUUUGUGCAGAGUUUUAUGGUCCUUGGACUUGAAAAAUUCACUCAUUUAAUCAGUUUUCCACACUGUUUUAGUCAUGCUUGAAGAUAUUGACUUGAUAUUUUCUUUUUGUUUACACCAUGACAAGUUAUAGAACAAGUUAGCUUUUUGUUCCAGUAUAAUGAAUUUUUACCUGGUAGGGGAGCAAUACUCUCAGAAUGCUUGUUUUUUGUUAUGGUUGAUUUCUUCAAGAAAAUUCUUAGACUUCCUCUAUAAUAACUUUUUAUGUAGCCAUUGUACAGGGGCUUUCAGUAAUUGUAAAGCUUAUCUUUUUUCUUCCGUUAAAAAGAUCUUUAAAUUAAAUUAUGAACUAAAGAGUCUUAUCUUAUGUAAAUGAAUCAUGCUUAGAAAUUCUUUUUAUUUAUUAUGUAUGAAACAUUUGUAAAUUCCGCAUAUUAAAUCUGUUUACUGCUUCUUUUUUUUUUUGCUUUAUCUUCAUUUUGUGAUGAACAUUUUUGUAUCACUCAGAAACAACCAAAUAAAAACAAGAUUCAAAUCAA